AGUACAAUGCACCGGUAUGUGUGUGGGACUGGUGAUAUAUAGCAACGGGAAUUAUAUGCAAAUAGAUAUAGUUUCACGUGUGAAGUAUUUUUAUCCUACUUUUGUCUUGGUUUGAUGAUGUUUUAAUUGGAGUUCAAAGUCAUUUUGUUUCUCACUGUCACUGGGAGUGUAACUGUUUAGUGUUGCAUUGUACAAUUUCAUUUCUCAACUUUGACCAGCAACUGGCUGCAGAUCCAAGUGAUCUGUUAAAGGAUUCCAAUUCUAACACACCAAAGACUGCAGAGUCUACACCUCCAAAGGAUAUCCAGACAAGUACUCCAACCCCAUCAACACCUACUCUACAAUCGCCCAGUACAACCCCUCGUGGAGGGAAACCAAGUCCACCACCUAAACCAAAUACAACACCUAAAACACCCAGGAGAACUCCCCCACCUCGUCAAGACUCACUGCACACUUCACCAACCCCUGAGUUGGCUGUUAAAGGAAGUCCCCGUCCUAUUCCAAGAAGAAAACCAAAACCAGAAACCAGAACUAUUGCAAUUCAGACUGAUAAUUCCCAUACACCAUCAACCUCGACAGAUUCACCUCAAAUACAGGGAUCACCAGCAAGGGUCUUUCCAACUCAAGCAAGUAUAACGAUUCCUGAGCAGGCUGUUCUACGACAGUCUACACCUCACACUAGGGUCAGUCGAGCUGUUUCUAUUGCUGUUGAUUCUCCUACUACUCAUCUUGCUGGUACCUCACAGGAGAAACCUACCAAGAUCAGAUGGGACCUCUCACCUAGUCCAAGGAAUAGGGCAUCAUUGAGAAGAGAAAAGUCGAUCAAGCAACGGAGAGAAGAGGAACGUCUAAUUAAGCAGUCUAGAGUUCUUGGUAGUUCAUAUGAACUAUCUCCUGAUCUUCAACAAAAACAGGUUGAGAUGCUAGAGAAGCGUUAUGGUGGUCGUGCCAAGGCUCAGAAAGCAGCUCUAGUAAUUCAACAAGCAUAUCGCAAGCAUGAACUUCAGAAAGAAUUCCAGCGACUCCGGAGAACACGUUCUGAUUCGCGGAUCUCAAGCUAUCUAAAGAACUACUCUGCUAAGGUUCACUCUAAAUAUAGCAAUCGUGCAAGGGUAAUGGUCAUAGAAGAUGCUGAUUCAUCAACUCCUGUGAUCAAAGAUACAAAAGGAACUAUGAGAAAAUUGGAAAAAUCAAUUGAUGAGGGGGCAGAAGAGCUUGCCAGUAUAACUAGAGAACUUGAGUCCCAAGCAAAACAAGCUAUAAAUGAGAGCAGUAUAUCCCCUGUUGUGCGUUCAACACCAACAGAGCAGCAUCGGAAUAAUAGCAAUAACGUCUUUCCGAAGGGAAUAGUCACUCCUAAAGACAAGGGUAGCAGUGGAGAAGUUGAUGAAGUAAAAGAGGGAAGUGGGAAGAAAGUUGUUGUCACUCUGACAAUGACAAGGCACAAUUCAUCUACAGAACUCCAAGAACGUAGUACACCACCCCGAUCAGAAAAGACCAUCAUUACUCAGAAAGAUGUUAUAAGAGUUCAGUCACAGGAGGUAUGGAAGUCCCCUCCCACCAAAGGCUCUUCCUCACCACCACCACCGAUCUCACCUGGUAGUUCACCUCCAAGUGGUGGUAGGGCAGUCACUAAAAUUAUCACUACAAAUAGUACAAGUGAGAAACAGGUAGCAAGGAAAAUAUGCAUACCUGACAUAUCAGGGAGCCCUCCAGUAGCUCAGAACAUUAGCCCAGGAGCCGGUGUCCAUGUUCCAAGUCCAGUGGUAGUAAGGGCGAGUGAGAUGCCAUCAAGUACCCAUUGUGGGUUUGUACUGACUGGAAUCAAAGAUAACUCUAUUGGUAAUGGAAGUGAAAGCCCUAAAAUCAGCAGGCCUAUCAAGACUGUUUCUGUAGGUAAUGAUGUCAUGUCUCCUGUUAUUGAUCGUAAGAUUGUCAAGAAAGAGAGUCCUAUGGUUCAGUCUCCCCCUAUGGGGGUACUUAGGGAAUCAAGAAAGUCCCUUGACCAGGCAGCUGAGAAAAGUCAUGUUUCCCCAUCGACUGAACAUGUGGAAGUUGGGCAAGAUAGCAGUUAUUCCCGCCACCCAACAAGGACAGAUUCAAAUGUUGUAACACAGGAAGUGGGAGACAGGAAGCAGCGUGUAGGUAUUGAACAGUCAAUAGAAACUAAUUCUCUACGAGCCAGCCACACGCCAGUUAGCAUGAGACAGGAAAGCAGUACAGAUAAGAAGAGAGAGUCUGUAAGUAGUAGUGGAAGUACUUGUACAGAGGGUGAUGUAAACAUGGAAUACAUACUAGGUGGUCGAAGAUUGACCAACAUACGAGCAGAUGAUAGUGUAUCAACUACAUCAACUGUUAGUGGUGAGAGCUUUGAGGUCAUCAAUGUUGAACAUAGUAGCUCUUCAGAUGUACCAUCUGUUGUUGUGGCGACGCCUGAGGGCUCACUCAUGGAUUUUAUCCACUCAACGGAUUCUGAAGGAUCAGAUACAGAGGGUGAAUUUAGAUCACGUUCUCACUCGGGAUCAUUAGGCAAAAACCAAAAUGUUGCAAUCACAGCUAAAAGACGCAUGGCCAAAGCCAAUAGCACCGGACAAAUGAACUCACCAGUGUGGAAACGUAAGAAUCAAGAUACUAGGAUAGGAACACGGAAUGGAACACUUAUGAAUGGAUCAGCUACUCCUGUUAGAAUGACAAGAUCAGACACUGGUGAUAGUAUGAGCAGUGAGAGUAGUGGAUCAUCUAAAUAUACCUUCCCUGAUGACUCAAGCAUAUCAGAGAGUAAUGACACAUUACCAGGAGAGAUAGAAGAAUUAUGUGAAAAAAGACCAUUAGUUCCAUCAUUAUCAAUUCCUAUGACACCAUCCAGAAGAAGGAGAUAUAGAGUUGGAAUAAACCUAUUCAACAAGAAACCUGAGAAAGGAAUCAAGUUCUUAAUUGAGAACAGGUUUAUAGAAAACUCUCCUCACGAGGUUGCUAAGUUUCUUCUGAAGAGGACUGGAUUUAGUAAACAGAAGAUUGGUGAAUACCUUGGAAACCUUCAAAAAGAAUUCAAUCAGAUGGUGUUAGAAUGUUUUGUUGAAGCUAUGGAAUUCAAGGGUUUGACCAUCGAUGAGGCGCUGAGGAAAUUCCAGAUGUCUUUCUUGCUUCCUGGAGAGGCACAGAAGAUUGAAAGAUUAAUGGAGGCUUUCUCCAAGAGGUAUUGUUACUGCAAUGCUGAGUUUGCAAACAGCUUCCAUAAUUUGGAUACUAUCUUUAUCUUAUCCUUUGCUAUCAUCAUGCUUACAACGGAUCUUCAUAAUCCUAAUGUUAAACCUGAGAGAAAGAUGAGAAUGUCUGACUUCAUUAAGAAUCUCAGUGGUAUUGAUAAUGAGCAUGACUUAGACCCUGAGCUGUUAACAGGGAUUUAUGAACGGAUUAAGAAGAAAGCUUUUCAACCAGGUGAAGAUCAUGUGACUGCAGUACGUAAACUAGAAGCUAACAUCAUGGGAGAAAAACCAUUCCCUCUUGCCGAGCCCCACAGAAGACUGGUCAGCUCUUGUAGUCUCCUUGAGGUUAAUGAUCCCACAAAGAAAGAUAAGAAACACAUCAGAGAAGUCUUCCUCCUUAAUGAUAUGAUACUGAUCACCAAGCUAUACAAGAAGAAAACUGGGGCUAUCUUAGGAUAUAAGAAGAAAGUACUUCUUCAGGGAGCUACUGUACUAGAGUUCUCAUCACAACACUAUCCAUAUGGUAUCCGCCUGGUCUCAAGACAAGACAAGACCUUAGCAUCAUUCUGUGCCAGUCAUCCUGAUGAUAGGACCAAGUUUGUAGGAGAUAUCAGGGAAUGUAUCCUAGAGAUUGAAGAGAUGGAAAGUCUCAGAAUAGAAGCUGAACUUGAGAGACAAAAGAUGAUUCGUAAGAGUCAAGCGAGUACAUCUGAUUCUGGAGUAGGUUUGGAUACAGAGAGUUUAGCAAGUACUCAGAAUCUGAGUGGUAGUAUGGAUUCAUUAGCACCACCUCUCAAAGAUGGUAGUCUCAAGAGAACAACUCUAUCAAAUUCACUCAUGGAUCUCAAAGAAGCAGCAAAUAAAUCAGACCAUAGAAGCAGUGUUAGCUCUCUAGACAGUGGUGUGCCAAUCGAUAUCAAUGCCACCAUGCCACUACCAAAGAAGAGUCGUUCACCUCUUCCUAGUUCCAUGUGGGGAAGAAAGAAGCAGGUUCCUACCAAUAGAGGUCCACCCGGUAUAACCCCAUCUCCCCAUGCAGAAUCUAAUGCCUGAUGAUCUACCCCUCAUAUUCACCUGAUCAUAUUGGUUCAGAUGAAGCUAGUCGAUGGUGCUUCCCAAGAUAAUACGGGAAUGGAUGGUGUGCUAUCCUAAAAGUAGCAGCAGGUCCAGUGCCAAGUUGUUCUCAAGCUGUCAGUAUUUCAAGAGUUGCAGGAGCCACUGCUAAUUUGAUGAAUGAGAUACCAAAACAGAUGAUCAAUCAAAACAGUGUCGCUCCGUGUGGGCAUUAAAUGUAUCUUACAUGUAGCAGCUUCAGUGGUCAUAGGUGUAAUGCUCAAUACACUAUUGAUGCUCAGAGUUCAUUGCUUGCAUAAUAGAUUAGAUGCAAUAAUACUUCGGAACAGUAAUAGGCUAGUGAGCAAGAUUUAUGAACAAAUUGCUUUAAUUAUUUAUAUAACAAGCCAUGAAGAGAAACUGGUACAGUCUUCUAGCAUGUUACAGUGUGAAGACGUCAAACUGGUGUGAACUGGUAGAUUUUGAAUAAUCUUCACUAUAAAACAAUUCCAAGGUAAUUUCUUCCAAGAAUGGAGUACCUUGACAUUGCACAAUUUGUAGGAUAGAAGAAGAGCUCUCCCAUAGUUCUGAACACUGUAAAAUGCACCAUAUCUGCUGUCAUAGUGCUCUAUCUUCAUGUCUUGCCAAAGAUUGAAUAUAAUAUAUUAUGACUAAUGCUCGAGUCAAAGGUUAGUUUGUGAUCAGUUAGAAAACAAUAACAAUCAAGUUAAGACUAACUGUCAUCAGAAAUUACCAGCGAGCAUUGAUCAAAGGUUUUAUAAAAGAAUUAAAUGCUUCAAUGAAUGAUGCAAGAAAAAUAGUGAUAUGCAGUUAAAUUAAAAAAAAAACAAUAUUUUCUAUCUAAUUUUAUAACAAAACCUAAUGUGAAAAUUGAUUACAUCUGUGCAGCAAAGGUAACAAGGGGAAGAGAAAUAAAGAGUAGAUCAUUGUAAAAAUUUCUGAUGCCUUGUUUGUAUUCUUAGUUUGUGUAUUGUGGAGAUGUUUAUGAUGGCAUAAAGACAUCAUAAUCGGUGAUUCAAGAAUUUCAGCAUUAGUCUACCAAGAGACAUUAUGAUUUAAUUGUGGUUCUUAUACACACAAACUAAGCACAGAACUAAAUAGUAGCAGUAGCGAUCUCACUUUCCAACAUAUUUCGGCCAUAGAAAACACCUUUUUCAUCUAGGAAAGGGGUCAUUUGUUUAUGAUUUUCAGACCAGAAUUUUUUUUAAAUUAAUUUUUAAGUGGUAUCCCUGAGUAAAUACAAACCUUCAUUAGUUAACCCAUGUAUAGCUUAUGUUUUGUAACCUUACGUAUUUCUUCAUUUUCAUAUAAACAUAUUGGCUUCCCAUGCUAACCCUUGAGGGCUCACUUGAAUUUUGAGAUAUUAUUUGGGAAGUAUAGACUAACCUGAGUUCAUACAUGUUUGGUAUUAGUUAUAUCCCAGAAUAUAUUUUAAUAGAGUUGAAUUCAAUCAGUUCAUAACUUUUAACAGUCAUGUGGAUAGAGAUAUUAAAAUUGUAUUGACAAUUUAACAGGUUUAAGUCUUUAAAUCAAAAUUUUCAUUUAAUAUUUCCUAUUCAGACUUCACUAUUUAUCAAAUAGAAUGAAAACCAAACCAAUGCACAACAAGAUGUUGAAAGAAGCAGACCUAUUAAAGUCUAUUUGCCUUGUUUGAAAUUGGGAGUGAAAAUAAGAACGAAAUAGAAUGCUUGUUGUGCCAUUUCAAUAGUGUAGAUAUAGAUUACAGAUCACUUGUCUUACAAGUGUUUUAUUUCUAUUCAGAAUUAUUCUAUAACUACAUAGAGCAAGGUAAACUGACUUAAACAUGUUCAUGAAUAUAGUUCAUUAAGGCCCAAAAUACUUUAACUUGCAUAUUCUGUUUAGAUAAUUUAUUAUCCUCUUUGUAUUGGAAAUAUAUUCUAUGCAUAUUAUAUAUUAACUUCUCUUUUCUUUUUGUACUUUCAAAUACAAAUUUUGAAAACAAAAAAUCUGAGAAAUAAAAAGAGGGUGUCAAAGAAUGUGAUGGUCUUUAGAAAUUUUUUAUUAAAAUUGCAUUUAAUAGAAGCCAAUUUAUCCUAUUACAAAUGAGAGAAAUUCUACACUGGGUGGCCAUUAUAAUAAGCACCCCACCCCGCCCCCACCCCACCCCGAAUAGUUGUAGCCAAAAAUGCUGUUUUUAACGCUGGCAUGAAUUGAAGCUGUGGAUUUUUUUUUUUGGGGGGGGGGAUUAACUAUUGUGUAAUCCCUGACUUGAAUAAUGUGGAGUCAUGUAUGUAUGCCAGGAUUUUUCAAAAUGAAAAGGUCUGUGAUUAAACCAAUAUCAGCCUGUUCUGAAUGGUAUCCACUCAGUUUAUUGCAACAAUCUUUCAAGAAAGCUGCACUUAGAAUAGAAGAAAUAAAAAGGUAAUAAAAAUAUAUAUAUGAAGUAACAUUGAAAAUGUACCUUGCCCAGAUUUCUGAUUGUAAAUCAACGUAUUUUAAAUGUGCAAUGAUUAUCAUAGUAACUAAAAUGAUUACAUAUGUUUAAGUGUUUAUUAUUAUAUUAUGCAUGCAUACCCAACUUAAAGAAAAGAAUUUGUUAUUUUUCAACCAUUCGUCUGUUGCUUCAGCAAUUUUAAUUUAUUGUCGCUUUACAAAGAUGUAGCAAUGAUAUUUUGUCGAAAGUUAAAUAGAUAUUUAUAAUUUUGUCAAACAUAUUUUCAUUUUUAUACAUUUUUUUUCAAUUGACACAGCUCGUGCAUAUAAUUUGCAUUAAAAAUUAAUAGCAAAAACAUAUAUUAAAAGUCAUACAGUUUGUAAUUUAUCUUAAAUAGUCUGUGAAUGUUUGUAAAUUGUAACACUUGCAUGUAAGUGUACUGUAAAGAGAGCUUCAAAAUUUCUUUUUAAAAGGAAAUUAAAAGAAUUGUCUAUUAUUUCAAUAAAUUAUGGAAAUGAA